UUAAUAUUUCAGGAGAAACUGGCUGACCAGAAGAGGGAAAGUAAUCAACAAAGGAUGGCUGAGAGAAAACUUCUUCCGAGAGACGAUGAUGAAGGAUCUCUGCUAUCAAAAUUAGGGACUGAUAGUCCUAAACCGCGAGUGAAAUUUGGAGGCAUGUUUUGUAACGUAGAAGGUGCUUUCGAAAACAAAACUUUAAAUUUUGAGUCAUUCAGUCCCAGUUCAAUGAGAAGAAACACAAAAACUCGAUUCGAGGACAGAUGCAUGUCAUCCGCGGAUUCGGACCGUUUCAGUGAACGAGGGAGUGAAAUAAGCAACUUCUCGAGCGCCAGUGCGACUCCUACUCGAGCCGAACCCUCUGCCAGCACGAGGGGGCAAACCAUUGUCUUUCCCUCGGGACAUAAGCGCGAGCGCCACGGCGAGCACCAGAGUGAUCGUCUGGUUAUCAAAGGAGGAAAGAUAGUCAACGAUGACCAGUCUUUUUAUGCCGAUGUUUAUGUGGAAGAUGGAGUUAUAAAGCAGAUUGGGGAAAGCCUCAUCGUGCCCGGGGGGGUGAAGGUAAUCGACGCUUACGGCCACAUAGUCAUCCCGGGCGGGAUAGACGUCAACACCAGCCUGCAUGCCCCCUUCCUGGGCAUGAGCCCGGCCGACGACUUCUACCACGGGACCCGGGCUGCCCUGGCGGGGGGCACCACCAUGAUCAUUGACCACGUCGUACCUGAGCCUGGGUCUAGUCUCCUGGGCACGUAUGAUCAGUGGCGGGACAUCGCUGACAAGAAGUCGUGCUGUGACUACUCCCUUCACAUGGACAUCACCCGUUGGCACGAGGGCCUCACUGAGGAGCUGGAGACCCUAGUCAGAGACAAAGGGGUGAAUUCCUUUUUGGUCUAUAUGGGGUACAAGGACAGAUUCCAGAGUUCUGACACCCAGAUGUACGAAGCGUUCAGCGUCAUCCGGGAUCUGGGGGCCGUCGCGCAGGUGCACGCCGAAAACGGAGACAUCAUCGAUGAGGAGCAGAAGAAGUUGCUGGAACUGGGGAUCACAGGCCCCGAAGGACACGUGCUGAGCCAUUCUGAGGAGGUUGAAACGGAAGCUGUGUAUCGAGCCAUAACUAUCGCCAAGCAGGCCAACUGCCCCCUCUACAUCACCAAGGUGAUGAGCAAGUCUGCGGCUGAUGUCAUCGCUCAGUCCAGGAAGAAGGGCAUUGUGGUUUUCGGGGAGCCAAUCACCGCCAGCCUGGGCACUGACGGCUCACACUAUUGGAGCAAAAACUGGGCCAAAGCCGCUGCCUUUGUCAUGUCCCCGCCCCUCAGCUCCGACCCCAGCACUCCAGACUACCUCAAUUCACUGCUGUCCUGCGGGGACCUGCAGCUGACGGGCAGCGCUCACAGCACCUUCACCACGGCGCAGAAGGCCGUCGGGAAGGACAACUUCACCGACAUUCCCGAGGGAACCAACGGGAUCGAGGAGCGGAUGUCCAUCGUUUGGGAGAAGGCCGUGGCGACAGGCAAGAUGGAUGAAAAUGAGUUUGUCGCGGUGACCAGCACAAACGCCGCAAAGAUCUUCAACCUUUACCCUCGCAAGGGUCGGAUCGCGGUGGGCUCUGAUGCCGACAUGGUCCUCUGGAACCCCAAGGAAACCAAGAUAUUAUCUGCUAAGUCCCAUGCUCUGACAGUCGAGUACAAUAUUUUCGAAGGGAUGGAAUGCCGAGGGGCCCCGACGAUGGUGAUCAGCCAGGGGAAGAUCGUGCUGGAGUCCGGGGAGCUGAACGUCACCGAAGGGUCCGGGCGCUUCGUCCCCAGGAAGGCUUUCCCAGACUACGUCUACAAGAGGAUCAAGGCCCGGAGCAGGAUGGCAGAUGCCCGGGGUGUUCCAAGGGGGCUUUACGACGGCCCCGUCCAUGAUGUUGUCAGUGCAACAAUGUCAAUGCCGCCAACUCCUACCUCACGCGGACCAACAUGCCCAGGAAAGGCUCAGAUAGCCCCGGCACGGAACCUCCAUCAAUCAGGGUUCACUCUGUCUGGUACUCAAAUGGAUGACCACAUUCCAAGGCGCACUGCACAAAGGAUUGUGGCUCCCCCUGGUGGUAUAUCCAAUAUUACUUCACUCUCGUGAUCUUUGUCUCUGCUGGAGAAAACAAUAACUGUAGCCUCUGAAUCAAACUGUUUUGACUUCCAUAGCAUACACGGAGUUACAAUAAAGUAUCUGAAAAGCAGAAAGUGCAAAUAAUGUAUUCAAAUAUGCCAACAGUCAAAACAUCCUGCAUAUCUAUUCUAAUUUACAAUAAAUCCACUUAUGUUUACCACCUUUAACUUCCGACGACAUCCAUCUACCAUCAGUCCAUAGCAUGUGCGGAAAACAGAUCAUUCAUAAUUGUUUAGAAAUAUAUUAUCUCAGCUUCAGUGUAGCAUUAAACUUCUGAGACAAAUUAGUUGGAAGUGAAAUUAGUUCCUGUAAGAAAAAAAAAAACCACUGUGAGAGGAUAUCAGUGUAGUGCUGCUUUCUGACUGAGUGCAUUAUUAAAAUUAAUUUUGUCCUUUGUUUCAUGUUUUGGACCUGGGUUGUACCUGUAUUUCUCUCCUCUGUCCUCUUCCGGGCUGUACAUUUAAUAUGUAUUAGUGUCAGUGAUUGAUAGAGAGCAGCUUUAGUUAGAGUGCUUGUAUGUGUGUCACUGUAAAACAUAAAUAUAAUGAAUGACAUAAAGGGUUUGCACCCAAAUUUUAAGAAGCAACAUCUUCCAUGACAAUUACAUCUUCUCAGCUUCUUAGAGCCAUAGGUAUGCCUACACGCUCAUCUCUGUUCUUAGUUAUUUUAUCUUUACAGAAAGAUAAAAUAUUUCACCCCACAGUUUGUAUUGUUAUUAUUAUUAUUAUUUAAAUAUAAAUUAUGGUGCUCUUAAAUCAUAUACUGUAGGCAUGGCAACAUGAAACUGUCAUGGAUUUAACAAAAUAAAACAUGGUUAUAAAAACCUCUUUUUAAACCUGGUUUGAAUUUGUAAACCCCAGUGGUUCACUGAGAUAUCAUUCUUAUGUCUUUGUAAACUUCCUGUUUUGUAUUUUUACAAGAUCUGACAAAAAGGCAAUUUUUAAAAAAACAAACUAGUUGAACAAUGUUUAAGUUGUGCUGUUCUCUGAAAAGGUCUUUAUUAAAUGGUGUGAGAUGUACUCUGUUGGCAGUGUUCAUUUUAAGGAAAUCUGGUUGACUGGUGAAUCUUUUUUAUACCUUUUUCUGUGUCCUGUCUGUCUGUAAAUACAAUACGUGUUUCAAAAUAUGCAUGGUAAGCAUGUCUGGAAUAAAGUUUGUGAAAAUGUAUAA